CGACCAACCGAACAAACCGAAUUGCAAGCGUAAACCGAUGGGCAAGUCGUGCCGGGACAUGGCGGAGCAGCUCCGCGACUGCAUGCUCGAGAUGGAGUGCAUGAGCGACGGUAAGCGGACGCUCAAGACGUGUCUCAAGCUCGACGAGUACAAGCACGAGUGCAAGGAAUACCGCUACGCGUACUUUGAGUGCAAGCGUGGCCAGAUCGACAUGCGCCAGCGCAUCCGCGGGCCCAAGGGCGGCGCGUCGCAGGACUAAUGCGUCAUCGGCAGCGAUAGAAUAGAGACACGCCUUUGGUUAAAUAAGCGGCUUUUCCUCGGACGUCUGCGAGC